CGUAACGACGAUAACUUGUCGUGUCGUAACGUUUUUUAUCUCGGUUAGCCGGAUUACGGAUGCACGUAACGAUCUGUCACGAUGGAACCUGGUGCGAGUUCGACGGACGAUUAUGCGGAGAUAAUAAGGAAAUUGCCUGUUUAUUUGAAGUUAGCCUAUGGCACGGGCCAUGUAUUGAAUGACAUAUGCGCUUCCAUGUGGUUCACAUAUCUGCUGGUUUUUUUUCAUCUCGUGCUAGGAUUUGAUCCGACUCUGGCCGGCGUUGUAUUACUCAUCGGUCAGGUGGCGGAUGCCUUGGUAACUCCGUUCGUCGGUUUCCAAUCCGAUAGAAACGAUGAUUUCUGGUUAUGCAGAUAUGGCAGAAGAAAGACCUGGCACUUAUUAGGCACUAUUUGUGUAUUAUUGGGAUUCCCGUUUAUAUUUUCGCAAUGUAUAGGCUGCGAAAGUGCACAUCAAUAUGCACAAUUAGUUUAUUACGCUGCUUUUGUAGUGAUUUUUCAAUUUGGUUGGGCAGCAGUACAAAUAUCGCACUUGGCCUUAGUCCCAGAGCUUACACCUGCUGAGCACGAAAGGACUGAACUUAUAGCUAUAAGAUUCUCGUUUACUGUUUUCUCCAAUGUUCUUGUUUACUGUAUUAUGUGGGGUGUAUUACAUGUAACAAGUGAUAAAUAUGAUGCUCAAAUUGGGCCUGGUGAUAUUCAUAAAUUUCAGAAAGUUGUUUUAAUUGGAGUAAUAAUUGGAUUAGUGGCAUCCAUUAUAUUCCAUGUUAUCGUUAAAGAAAGUCCUAAUGGCAAUACUAAUGGUAGCUUUUUACAUAGAAAUACCAGAACAGCAUCAGUAUUAUUAAGAGAUGCCAGAUUGUAUCAAGUAGCAUGCGUCUACAUGCUUACGCGAUUAUUUAUUAAUCUGUGUCAAAUUUAUAUGCCUUUAUAUUUACAUGAGUCAUUGAAUAUGCCUGCAACGUCUCUGGCUUAUAUACCAUUGACAAUGUAUUUAAGUAGUUUUUUAACGUCUUUGAUCAUAGAGAAACUUAAUACGAAAUGGGGUCGAAAAGUUGCGUAUUCUAUCGGUGCUUUGUUUGCCAUAUGCGCUUGUAUAUGGAUACAAUUUGGUAAUGGUAAUAUAUAUACCAAAUAUCAGAUUUACGCUGUAGCUAUGUUAUUAGGUUCUGCUGGUGCAAUAAUGUUAGUGACUAGUCUUGGUGUUACUUCAGAUUUAAUAGGAAAAAAUACUGAGAGUGGUGCUUUUGCCUAUGGAAUUAUGAGUUUUACUGAUAAACUCAGCAAUGGUUUGGUAGUUAUGCUGAUUCAAUAUUUAAUAAAACAUUUUUCAUCCGGUUAUGCCGGUUAUUAUUAUAAAGACAUCCUUACAUAUGUCUGUGGCAUAUCCGCAGCAUUUGGUUUAUUAAUGAUUUUAUAUAUCAAACCGUUUUCUCGUACUAUGGUAUUUGAUACAUUCCGCAAUGAUGAUGAUGAAGGUUUUAUAGAAACCCCAACUGUAAUUGAUGGAAAUUCCUCUUCGAAUUAAUCUCAAGCUAAUGUACAUUAAUGUAUGAUACAAUAUAACUUGUAAAUAUUUAUCAUAAAAAUAGAUGAAAAAA